CAGCCGGACACAACAAAAUUUCGCGUGUAGUUUCAUACAAUUCGUUUUUACUCUAGAAAUUUAGGCUACAAUGACUAUUAUUUGUUGACAUUUCAUUACAUGUUUUACCCAUUCAUUCUCUAUAAAAUUAGGUAAAUAUCUAUUGGAAUAAAUUAAAAUUUAUCUAAGAGAAUGCAGAGUUGUUGUGUCUUCGAGUGCGACAGCUAUAAAUCUAUUAACGAUAGAAGAAUUAGUUAUUUCAAAUUUCCAUUACAUGAUGAGGCUCUUCUAGAAAAAUGGCUCUUAGCUAUUGAUCAACGGAACUGGAAACCGAAUACCCAUACUCAAAUAUGUGAAAUCCAUUUCAAACCUAAUGAUAUUGAAAGACCAUUGCACAAAUAUCCUUCUUUGACACCAACUGCAAUACCAUCAAUAUUUCCAAACCGUAGUAUUAUUCCACAUGUUAUAGAAACAACUGAUACAAAACUGAUUCAACGAACGAAUACGCCUGUUGCUGAAAACAAUGCUAAGACUGAAAUAUUACUAUCUCCUGUUCUUCAAGGCACACCUGUUAUUUUAACACCAGGCCUUAUUGACCAAAUACCCACAAUAAAUCAGACUUUGGUGCCAGUAUCGAAUAACAUUCAAAGAUUUAGAAAAAUAUUACCUAAAGUUGCUCAAAAUAAUUCAGAAAAUCAACAGAACCCAUUAAAAAGGAAAGAGAAUUCAUCAAAUUUAUCGAGUACCACAUCUAAUCCAUAUAUUAUUAUUAUUCCAACUUUUGAUAAUACGAAAUCAUCCAUAACAUCAUCUGUACCUAGAUUACCUUUACAAAGCAAUAAAAAACCAAUUUUAAAAAUCACAGUUGGUAGACGACUUCGGAAAGAAGAAUAUUUAGCAAAUAUGAAUAAAACUAAUGGAGGAUCACCUGUUCAUCAUUCUGUUUCUGGUGUUAAUAGUCUCGAAGAAGCUGAAGAGAACAAAGAUCAAGAAAUUGUUAUAAAUAAUUAUUCUUUAAAAAAAUCUGUGGUAUAUACAUUGGAUUCAAUUACUGGUGAUAUUAAAGUUACUCAUCGUCCGCUUAAAGAAUAUUCUUCUGAGCCAAUUUCAAAAGUAUCUGAUUCUCAUAAUGAAACACGUAGAAGAACUACUCGGAAUUUUAAUAAUCAAUCUAAAACAAAUGCUGAAAUAAUCUCUCAAUUUAAAGAAUCUUUUAUAAAAACACGGCAAAGUUAUGAUAAAUUAAUGAAAAGAAAAUUAAUGAUGUUAAAGCCUGUUCAUAAAACAGAUGAAAUUGAAAGGCUAGAGAAAGAGCUGUUGAAAUUCGGAAGCUCAGUAAAUAAUGAUAAAUUAAAUAAUAAACUGCAAGAAACUAAAAGAAGAUAUUCUAGCUCUUCUGAUGAAGAUAGCAAUUCACUAGAUAAAGUGUUCGUUUUAGAAAAUUUAUUAAAAAAGAAUGAAGUAGUAAUAAAAAAAAUGAAAACGCCUUCGAUUACUACUUCAAAUGGUGAAGUUUUUAUCAAUAAGAAUUUACCAAAUAAAGAAUCAGAUUUAUUUCAUAGUGAGAAUGAGGACAAAAUUAAUCAUGCAUGUGAAUCAAAUACUUGUAUUAGAAAAUUGGCAGAAACUUCUAAUAUUCUUUAAUUUAACCGAAUUUUUAAUUAAUUUUGCAUUCUGCAUGAUUGUUUUUAUUUUUUUGUUGAUAAAAUAAUAA